AGGGGAAGGUUGCAAUGUUAAUUAUGAUUCACUACGCGUGAUCGCCGGAAAAGAGGCUUCUAAGAAUUGAAUCAACGCCUUCAUCAUCAUCUUCUGCUUUCUCUCACGGCCACUGCCGUGGAGAUCCCAGCGUCUGGCUUCAUGGGUCUGUCUUUUUUCUUCAUUCUGUCUUUUGGAGGAAUGGGGACGUGCUGACCAUGGAGGAGCUACCAACUAAACAUCUUAAAUUGCUUUCUGGACUCCCCUGCAGAGUGCUGAACGUGGCGUAGAACGUAGCUGCCAGCCUGCCAAAUAUAUAUAUACAUAUUAAUAUCUGUGUAGAGAGAAAGAGAGAGAGAGAGAUGGGAGGAGGAGAAGGGGGCACAGCGACGACAUUAGAGUACACGCCGACAUGGGUGGUGGCAGCGGUCUGUACAGUUAUUGUCCUCAUUUCUCUUGCCGCCGAAAGGUUCCUUCACUACUCUGGAAAGUACCUGAAGAAGAAGAAACAGAAGCCUCUAUUUGAAGCCUUGCAGAAAAUCAAAGAAGAGUUGAUGCUGUUGGGGUUUAUAUCACUGCUGCUGACCGUGUUCCGAGGUAGUAUUUCUAAAAUUUGCAUCCCAAAGGACUUAAGCGAUCGCUGGCUGCCUUGCAAUGAGAAAGAAGAAAACACGGGGAGUAGUACUACUGCACGUCACCUCCUUGCUGAGGCAUCUGCCGCUGCUUCCUCUGGUUACUGCCACCAAAAGGACAAAGCCCCAUUGUUAUCAAUCACAGCGUUGCAUCAUCUUCAUAUAUUUAUCUUUGUGCUAGCAGUUGUGCAUGUGACAUUUUGUGCUUUGACGAUUCUUUUUGGAGGGGCAAAGGUACGUCAGUGGAAACAUUGGGAGGAUUCCAUCUUAAAGAAAGAAGAUAAUUCAAAAGAGGUUCUAGAAACAAAGUUCACGCAUGUCCCUGACCAUGAUUUCAUUAGGGGACGUUUCUUGGGAAUUGGUAAAAAUUCUACUUUGCUAGGGUGGUUGCAUUCAUUUUGCAAGCAAUUUUAUGGAUCUGUGACUAACUCAGAUUAUACGACGCUACGUCUUGGCUUCAUAAUGACCCAUUGUAGGGGAAACCCAAAGUUCAAUUUUCAUAAGUAUAUGAUGCGUGCUCUUGAAGCUGAUUUCAAGAAAGUCGUUGGAAUAAGCUGGUACCUUUGGUUAUUUGUGGUUGCUUUCUUGUUGCUGAAUGUUUCUGGUUGGCAUGCAUACUUUUGGAUUUCUUUCAUUCCUUUUAUUCUUUUACUUGCUGUUGGCACUAAAUUAGAGCAUGUAAUUAUCCAACUAGCCCAUGAAGUUGCUGAGAAACAUGUUGCUAUUGAAGGGGACUUGAUAGUUCAACCAUCAGACAAUCACUUUUGGUUCCAUAGGCCCAAGAUUGUCCUCCUCCUCAUUCAUGUCAUCUUGUUCCAAAAUUCUUUUGAGCUAGCAUUCUUCUUCUGGAUAUGGGUUCAAUAUGGCUUUGAUUCCUGCAUCAUGGGAAAAGUUGGUUAUAUUAUCCCAAGACUUAUUUUAGGGUAA